UUUGGCCAACAGAAUUUUGAAGCAGCUGGCAAAGUGAUGAUGCAGCCGGAGGGGAAACAAUGCGGCCAUACAGUUGCAGCAGCAACAACAAAAAUACAACCACUUGCACCCGGAUCAGAUGGAAUAAUGGAUAUGGUUAGCCGUAUGAGAGUAAUGAAAUUUUUCAAUGUGAUCCUUGCGCGACUCUGGCGACGACGUUGUUCUGAAGUUUGCGAGCUGAACGAACUGGUUCGCAAAUAUGAAUCAAAGAUAAAUAAAACGCACGACGAACUCAUCAAGCGCAACAAGAUGAUCUGCCAUGAGCAGCGACGAUGCGGGCAUUGGGAAACAGAGCUGCGUCGAGUCCAGGCCGUGUCGGAUUUGAAUAUGCGCCGCUGUGUGACCAUUGAGAAGGCGCUGAACGUGGCGUGCGGCCAGAGGUUGCACCUUAGUAAGGAACUGCAGGCCAAGACUCUGGAGUGCAACAAUGCCUCAGAUCUGCUCAACGAGAGCCGAACUGAGAUGUUUCGUGAGCUGUCCAAGCAUCGGGAGUGUGCCAAAGCAUUGGCUGAGCAACAGCGACUCAAUCGCUGGCUAGAGAUAAGAAAUGUCGAACUGGAGGAUGAGCUGAUGACACUCAAGGAUCGGUUUCAGUCGCAGCAUGAUGAUGUUUCCGUCGCUAUGCAUAAGAGUAAGUUGCAGCUGGAUGAUACAUAUGAGAGGCUCAAGGAUUUUGAACAGCAACUAACCGAGUUUCAGCUCCAACAUUUUCAACUGCUGAAGGAGAUCCAGGAAGAUGGCGUGUUCCAGGAGAUGGAUGAAAUUGAACGCAAAAUCGGAAUAAUGCCUUAUGCAAUAUAUUUUAUCAUCGUCGAUCGUUGGCCGAAUGCUAAGUUUAUUCUGCAUGAGAUAAUGGCCCGAUUUUUGGUCUAUAUACUACAUCAUAACCCAUUGCCCGUAUCGACGAUGCCAAUUACGGUGGUUGGUGUUUUUUGUGGCGUCAUUCUACUCUUCGGCGCUAUGAAAUGAUUCGGUAUGUGUAUGUAUCUAUAUAUACAUAUGUAUAUGUGUAUACAUAUAUUUAAAGGUUCCUGUAAAUUGAAAUGGAUGGCAGAAUGUUCUAGUUGUCAGUUUUUUCUUACUUUCGUUUCUAGUUCGAUUAAAUUAAGUUUUGAAAGUAUUUUCAAAAUUGGUUUGUCAAAUAGAAAUUAUCUAAAUUGUCAUCUGGACAAAUUCGAAUUUAGAUGCGUGUGCGAAUCCAUCCGAUAGACAUACAUUUAUAUACAUAUAUGUAUAUAAAUUAUAUUUUAUUGUACAAUA